GCUGGGAGGGGUGGCAAGGAGGGAGGGAAACCAGGGGAGAGCUCAUUUUUGGAGGGAGGGAUACCAACAAAUCCCACCUGGUUACUAGGGGCUGAUAGUCCUCUGUCUGCAACUGUCGGUGCUUCAUCGUUUUUGAAUGUGAUCGUUAUUAUUGCAGCAUUAUCAGAUCAUGUAAUCUUAUGUUGCUGUGCAUGUACUCAGAACAUCAUAUUGGUCUGGAAUGCAUGUUGAGCUCUGCAUCGGGAUCCACUUGGUUCUAGUCCUGCCCACUCCGUCAGGGAUGGUUCUGCUAGACAAAGGCACAUGACCAACCGGGGCACUGCCUGCCCAUAAUUCACCAACUCGUCAAUACCGUGACCUAUGAACGCUGUCUCAUCUGCUGAGCUCCACCGAAAACUACUCUCCAGAGCGAGAGAGAGAGGGUACCAGCCUGGUAUCUGUGUGCCCAUUCCUGGGGUAUAGGGAUGCCCUCUGUACAAACAUACUGGCCACGCUGAUACCACCAUGAUCCUGCAUUUACAUCUCAUUUUGGGGCCCUUUUGGUUCCUCCUUGUUGCCUGUGAGGAGCCUCAGUCUGAAGGACUCUCUUCCACCUCAUUAUUGGACUUAUCAACCUUAGUGGGCCUGUCCUCCUCACCCCAGGAGAACCCAAGUGAAGCUGAGCUUGGGAAUCAGGGUGACCAGGAGCUGGACGUUCUUCAGGAUCUUCUCCAUACAGCACAAGGCUCAGGCUUCUCUAGCCUAGAGACAGAGGAGUCCUCCAUUCUUCAGUCCCCUCAAUAUUUCUGGGAUGAGGAGGGAAGCAAGGGCAACGGGAGCUCUGAGGUUCCUAGUCUAAUACACACAGUCCCCAGGAACAGCGAUGGAGACACAGGGGAAGACCAGAGCAAAACCAGUAGUCCCACAACAGAAAGCCUGGAAACAUCUACAACUCUGUGGUACACUCAUUCUUCUGAUGAAACGCACAAACAUUUAUCUACAGACACCUUGACUGUAAAUGGAAAGGUUACCGUGGAGCCAACAACCCUAAAUAAUUGGGGAGCUGCAUUUCAAAGCAACAAGGAAAGGACAGUGUCCAAAACUGUAUCUGCUGAGCAUACUCAUCAAACAACCAAAUUGCAUAGAAAGAACAAGAAGCAUCAAGUGUCCAAGAACCAUCAAAUUACCCAUGUUCCAGGAUCGGUACCUCCACCAGGACCUCCGGCUGGCAGUCAAGGCAUUCCCGCUAACAAACCCUUUGAAGAGCAUAUACAAGGGGAAGACCUAGAUCCAUCCACACACUUCCACCCUGGUAUCUUAGAUGAGGAAAAAAUUGGUCCUCCAAAACACAUUUCCGUCCUACAGGGUGAAGGCCAUUCUGAGGCUGCAGGGCCUUCAGAGCUACCACCGAGGUCUCAGCAGGUUAUUUGCAAAGACUGGAUUAAUUUAGCUGGGAAAAAUUAUGUCAUACUCAACAUGUCGAAUGAUAUUGACUGUGAGAAGUUCCGCUGGGAAAAGGGGCAUCAGCUUUUCUCACUGCUGGAGGGGGCGCUGUUCUGGAAGACUGAGGUGUCACCCAGAGACUGGGUGAUUUUGCUGAGCAAGCCUAAUGAGAACGACAAUCACCUUUUAAUGGCAAUCACAGAGGAACACAGUGUAGUACCUAUUAAGGAUGUCUUCAGUGCCUUAGGAGACAUUAAAAGGAGUCUUGCUGAGAUCGGAAUUGAAGGCUACUCCACCACAGUUAGUUGCCAGUCACGUCCCAGCCAACCCCGCAGUGAUUAUGGCAAACUUUUUAUUGUCUUGGUCAUCAUUGGAUCCAUCUGUGUAAUGAUCAUCGUCGCAGGAAUUAUAUACAUCUGCUGGCAGAGACGCCUGCCCAAACUGAAAAACAUGGAACUGCAUUUUGUUGAAAAUGGCUGCCAUGAUAACCCCACGUUGGAUGUAGCGAUGGACGGUCAGUCUGAAAUGCAAGAGAAAAAGACCAGCCUCAAUGGUGGCACCUCUCAUCAGGUGGAUGGUUGGGAGACCCUGAUCAACAAGGCAUCCCGGGAAGAAGGUGAUCCUGUGGAGGAAGACACCCAUCUCUAGAGACCACCCAAAACUGCUGUAGAGGGCGCUGCAUGUGACCCUUAAGGUCCAAUGGAUUCAAACUCACAGACUUUGCACCCUAGUGAUUUUCAUCUGCAGAACGUUUUAAAGGUUCCUUUGGCAGAGCAAUGCUCAUGCUGCAGCCCUCCAGCUCUUACUGGGCUUUGAAUCCAAGCAAACCCACAAGCCUAAGAGUUCUAGUUUGAAAGUGCCACAGUUGCGCAAUAGUUUUUUAGAGAUUGUAGUAGAAAUGUAUCAUUCCCUAACCCGCACACAAACAUUUUUCGUGCCUACACCUCAGAAUGGCCUACAAUGCACUAAAUGUACCUUUAACUUGCGUCGGUUCUUGCACCUUGCCUUCCUACGGUACAGAACCACCUUAGGGGAGAAAUCCAGGCCUUAAAUGUAUUAGUUUCCACCGUAGCAUAACACUAAUGCUCUAUGAUGAUGCUUCAAUGUAGGAAAUAAGUGGAAUGCUAUUAUAACUGUGUAAUAUCUAGCUGAUGUUUUUGGAGGCAGAAAGUCAUCGUGUAUUCUUGUUUUUAAUCAUUUCUUCUGCUUACGUGGGGUUUUUUGAAUUAUUAAGCAACAAAAUAAUCCAUGGAUUCAUAUCAGUCAUAUUAAAGGAGAAGUCAAUACUGCGAUUACACAGAAAUACACAGCACUCCCUCUAAGUUCUUGUAGUCCUUUAGUCCAAAAAUGUCCUUCGGUCCAGGUUCAAGCAAGUUCUAAAUUAUGUGUGUGAAUACAAAGUGUGCUUUACAACUU